GCGUUUGUAGUGGGCAAAGGUUUUUACAGGCAUAGCAUAGCACCUACUGUAUACUAACCACAAAAGGCAAUUCAAGUGAAUCAUGUCUUUGUGCUUAAAGCUGCUUCAUGAGUCCCAAGGGCACAUUGUUAGUAUGGAAUUGGAAAAUGGUUCUACUUAUAGAGGCAAACUGAUUGAAGCGGAAGACAAUAUGAACUGCCAGAUGAAAGACAUUAGUGUCACCGCCAGAGAUGGACGCGUUUCUCAUCUUGACCAAGUAUACAUUCGGGGAUCUCACAUUCGUUUUUUGAUUGUUCCAGACAUGCUGAAAAACGCACCUAUGUUCAAAGUAGGACCUGCUCGUGGUACGCCAUUACCAACUCGUGGGGGACGACGCUGAAGAACUACUAAAAGUGAGCCAUAAAACUACAAUAAAGUGAUAGAUUGAUGUAGAUAGGUUCUCUACAAUGCUUUUACGAAUACAAUACAAUUAAGGUUUGCUUUUGGUAGUGAAGAAGAACAUGAUGGAAGGUGAAGAAAAGCAUUCCUACGUCCUUUACUAAAAAUUCUGUGUUAAGUACUGUGCUUUCAUAUAAUUUAUGACCUUUUUGUCGCCAAAACCCAUGAGAAAUGGUAUCUCAUGAGAAAGAAGGAAAUAGAAUAAACAAAUAUCAAUUGUUUGUAUAGUCUUUUAAAAUGAAUUGAUUAAGGAAAAGAGUGAUUUAGUAUAAAAGCCUUUUAGCAAAUGGAAGCAAUGAAGGAAUUGAAAGUCAGAUAAAGAAGCAAUGUUCCACUAUGUCUCAAACCUAAACAUUCUUCUUUGAGAGCUUAAGAACUUUACGACGUUGAGAAAUCAUAUGCGUGUACA